AAGGCAAAGUGCAUCAGCAGCAGCAGGAGCUGGAGCAGAGCUGGAUGGAGGUCCGUCAGGCUGUGGCAGGUAGACAGGAGGCUGAAGAGAACUUGCAGGAGAUCCAGACCCAGCUGAAGGAGAGUGAAAUCAACCUGGAGAAACUGCGCUUUGAGUUCCUCAACCAGCAGGAGCACAGCGAACGUGUGCUGCAGGAGAGAGUGUCUGAGAUCAAGGACCACUGUGCUGAGAAGCUGAGAGAGAUGGAGGAGCAGGUCAAUACUGCCAGAAGAGAGCACACCAAAGCAGUUAUGACUUUGCGUCAGUUUGAAAAAGUGGCAGGAAAGAAACAGGAUGAGAUGAGAAAAAGCCACCACUAUGAGUUUGAACAUAUAAAAAAUAAAGUCCAGAUUAAACAACCCAAGGAGACCAUGAAAGACAAAAACCUGCUGCUGGUCUCUGUUGCUGAGAGAGAGAGUACGUCUGAGUAUACAAGAGCACAGACAACAGCUGUACAAAAGUCUCAAGCACCAAGGGAACAACCUUCAGACAUAAAUACAGAUGCGAGGCUCCUGUCUGUUUUAGAAGAGCUCCACAGUCUCAGUGCUGCAGUGGUUAACAGCUCUGAGGACUCUGCGGAGGAGGAGGGACAGAGUGACAGCGUGACAGCGUGGGACUGUCUACAGGCAGUCGGGCUGCUGAAACCUGAUGAUGAGUCACUUGAGCCAGCAAACACACCUUUAAUUUGUACAAGAGGUGGGCAGUGAUGAUGUGUACAGAGCCAAAGAAAUACACAGGAAGAAAAAGAAUGGCUCUUUAGAACAGAUACUGUUCAUGAAUUGAACAAAAACAUUUCACCAUUUCAGUACAUCUGUGUUACUAGAGGACGGCUUUUAUUUGAAGAGAAUUUUGGAAGAUAUUAAUGGACAAAGUAUUUAAUUCAAUCAACGUUUUGGGCUGAACAAAUAAUACAAAAGCACUUCUUAACACAAGGGGAAGGAAAGAGAUUUUU